GUAUGAAGGAGGAAAAUUAAACAAAACUUGAACAACUACUAAAGCAUACUCAAACGUCAAAUCUGAUAUGUACGGAAUGAUGACCACGCAUGCUUUGGGAACCAAUGUGAAUGUCCACGAUCACGUUGAAACGACCGCAAAGUCGACCUUUCACGGCGUUCCUGAUGCGGUGGGAGCGUCAUUGCUUCCCCGGAGCCCGAGCUUUAAGAACAUUUUUUUGGCGGAGAACUGGGCGGAGCUGCCACUCAAGGAGGACGACACGGACGACAUGGUCAUCUACGGUGCAUUGCAGGAGGCUGCCACCACCGGGUGGUGCCCCGCCAGAGAGAAUGGCGGCGUUGGUAGCGCGGCGGUGAAAUUGGAAAAUGAGGGCAAGGGCAAUGGCAUUGUGGAAGCGCGUGAGGUUCACGCGCUGGCUAAGGGAGGUAGAGGGUAUAGAGGGGUUCGGAGGCGGCCGUGGGGAAAGUACGCGGCUGAGAUAAGAGAUCCGAAGAGGAACGGUGUGAGAGUGUGGCUUGGGACUUAUGAGACGGCUGAGGAUGCGGCUUUGGCUUAUGAUCGAGCCGCGUUCAAGAUGCGUGGCUCAAAAGCCAAGCUGAAUUUUCCUCACUUGAUUGGGUCGGACGAAGUUGGUGAGCCGGCGAGAGUUACACUGAAACGGCGCUCACCGGAGACACCCUUGCCAUGCCCGUCUUACUCUUUUGAUUAUUGUAACAAUGCAGAGAAGCGGAGCAAAAUUGUUGGUCGGGGUGCAGUGGCGGCCACGGCUUUAGAGCCCACUAAUAAAAGUAUGUGGCAAUUUUCCGUCGGUGAAUCUUGGUGGCAACAAUAAUAAAAAAUAUAUUGAUAAAAUUUAUGUGUAAUGAUAUUACGUAAAGUUGAUAUUUAAGAAUUAUUAGAUAAUUUGAUAAAUUUAAUUAAAUCAUUAUCUAAUAAUUUUUAACUAUUAACUUUAUAAAAAAAUAAUUACACAUAAAUUUAUACCAAAUAUAUUAUAUCAUAUUAUCAUAUAUAUUUGCAUGAUUGCAUUACUUCUUCUGGAUGUGAAUGCUGAGAAUAGAAAUAAUAAAUGUGUUGUUUGUAAAGUUGGGUGAAUUCAAUCUAUAGUUGGGGAAAAUAAUCGGUUGAUAAUAAUAUUAUUCUACAGAAAUCAUACCAAAAUGAAUGGUAAAAUUGGUGUCACAAGAUAUACAUACCACUAUCCGAUAGUAUAAGUACCUAAAUCUCACUGCA